AGGUUAGGUAUCUUUACUAUCUGGAUUUUUCGUCUCAAAGAAAUUCGUCCAAAUCAUACAUUACGAGUAAAGGAGACAAACGUUUCUAUUCAACAAAAGUAUCAUGUACAAUGAGAAGAAGUUAGUAAUUCCGAAUUCAUUAUAUUUUGCUAACUUCAGUAAUUCCUACACUGAAUCUGAAUCUGAAUUUUACGGAACUUAUACCUUCGUCGGAGCCAAAGGACUGAGGAUCCUGGAUGUUUCCAGCAACCCUUUCAACUGUAGAAGUCAAAUUGUAGGACUUGAGUACCUUCUUUCUCUGAACAUGUCUCAGUCAAACUGCUACAGAGUAAAUAUGAAACUGUUUGAAACGUUCACUAGCCUCCAAGAGCUGAGACUUGAUCAUUCACAUCUAGAUGUUGGCUUUCAGGACGUAAAGCAUAAUACACUAUUUGCUCCUCUAACAAGUCUAAAAUCCGUUUCCAUGUCACAGAACAAUUUGGAGACUCUUCCUGAAGACCUUUUCGCGCGUAACCAGCAUCUCUCUGUUAUAAACCUAUCGGGAAACAAAUUAACAUCCAUUCCUAUGGCGUGGUUAAAUCUAUCGGUCCUCACUGAAAUCGAUUUUUCCAACAACAACAUCAAAGUUAUUGGACCAACAGUCAGGAAACAACUUGAAUUGUUAGCUACGAAGAGGCCCAUCAAACUACACCUCAGAGGCAACAAAUUGUCCUGUGCUUGCAGUGACCUCGAUUUUGUCAAAUGGAUAAUAUCAACCAAGGUAAUCCUUGACAAGGAGCAUGGUUAUGAUUGCAAAAUGCCCAAUGGCUCCAUCUUAAAUAUACAGUUACGUAACAGCGCGUUGACAGAUUUGGAACUGAUUUGUAUGGAGCCAAUGUUGAAGAUAAUCAUGAUAUGUGUCGCUGCUCCACUCAUCGUAGGAGUGUUUCUUGGGUCCCUUUGUUACAAAAAUCGAUGGACUCUGAAGUACAUAUGGCUCAAAAUGAAAAUGAAAUGGGGUGUGUAUGUCCCCCUAAUUGAACCAACUGAAGGUGUAAAGUACGAUUUGUUUGUUUGCUAUAGUCACCAUGAAACUGAAUGGCUAAUACUGACCCUCCUCGCGAAGCUUGAGACAGAACUCGGUUUCAAGCUUGCCUUCUAUGACCGCGAUUUUCUCCCAGGAAGUUUGAUAAGAACCCAGAUUGUGGAGACACUGCAUGCGAGUCGAGCAUCUUUGUUCGUUAUCACCGAGAGCUACCUGCAGUCUUCCUACUGUGAAUUCGAGUUUCAAAUGGUGGCACUAAGGUCUCUCGAAAAACUUAGCCAUAAGAUAUUCGUCAUCAUCAAGGACGAUAUUCCAGUACAUAGGCUUCCCUUCUUCCUCCAGAACAUGUGGAACAGGGUCGUGUGUCUCCCAUGGACUGAUGAUGAGUUUGGACAGGCUGAACUGUGGAGAAAGCUGGACACAGCACUUAAGAAGAACAGACCUCCAGUUUUGGAAGAGGAAACACCAGAUGCUUCCGCGGAUGAGGAACAAGGGAUGGCUUGUGGGGUCCAGCAGGAAACUGGACCGGCAGGGCGCUCGUCUCCUGUUAUGGACUUGAAUUCCCUUACCAGUGAGCUGUGGCAUGAGGUUAUGAUGGAACAAGCUGAAAGACAACCUAAUUCACAUGACAUUAGGGAGUGAGUGACUUGGGUUUUUUUCCUCGUUUUAGGUAACGGGAGGGGAAGCUUGGUUAUUCGUCUCGUUCAUGAUUAUUUUCACUUCUAAAGCACUAUUUUGUGUGCAUGCAAGCAUGUUUGUGUGUGCCUUUACGGAGAGUUUACAAACCUUAAUGUAAUUACUGGUGGGUUGAUCAAUAUGCAUGUAAUGCCGGAUUGUAUGCCUUUGUAUUCUUGUAUUCCAUGUUGAGUCAGACAGAGCCUGCGGAUUUAACAG